AGCACGGACCCCGAAGCCUCACUGACUGGCGAGCACGUUUCCAAAUAUUCCGGGAGGGCUCCAAAUUUAGCCGGUCGGGGCCCAGCUCUUCCCGAUGUCAGGUCUGCGUUCGUCACACUCCCUUUCCCUCGGCUUCUUUCUUUCUCCCUUUCCACCCCUACUACUCCACUGUGGGACUCCUGGAUCCUCUGCGGCGAUACGCGUACGGUUCUUCGCUUCGAAGGAGCCGAAAGCCAUCUUCAGUGGUGUUUAUUCCGGUUUUAGGACAACGGAGCCUUAUAUUCACUGACCGAGGCAUGGUAAUUCGUAGCUUACAUUGAACCUGGGGUCACACCAAUACUGGUAUCCUUCACUAGCUGCCACAAUGUGGACGAGGUAGUCACUGCUGAGACGACGUUUCUGGAAUAAUGCCAUCGUGCAUGGUGCAGCUAUCGGAUUAUGAACCCGCUGAGAAAAGAGGUUGCUGAAUGAUUGGACACUCUACUGAGCUGGCCGGUGCCCCCCACGUCCGGUAUACCCGCGGAAUACAUAGUUAAAAGCAACAAACGUGUUUGUGACGAUAAAGGAGCGAGCAAGAGACCACGUCCCGAGGUUGCAGGAAUGCAGUUCUGUCCAGUGGCGGUCUUCCGUGGAGACACGGGGACAGCAGGCGCCGGCGUUUUGUGAAUAGUCGGCGUCCCUCCAGCCAUGCAGUGCAACACGAGGAUGUCGUUACAGAAGGCGAAGGGUUCUCAACAAGCGUAACAGUCUCCUAGACACUAGGCUGUGGUACAACGGUACUGAGCGAAGUCUUGGACGUCGUCUGGGACGUCAAAGAAGCCACCGACACCAUGUCCGACAGCGCUAAAGUCCGGAAGGACAUGGACACCACUUACCCGGAACCCCUUUCCGUGCUCCGGAAGUACGCCUUGGGCCCAGAAUACCCCCAGUCCUUCUUCAAGCGGCAACAGAAGAAGAACGUUCGUCGCGGCAGCCGCUUCAGGACUCAGCCGGUGACGUUCGACGAGAUCAAAGAAGUGGACGAAGAUGCCGCGUCCCUCGAUGCCGUGGAGACGCCGGGCGCCGAACUGGCAUCCAGCAUGUCACACGGCGACAUCCGUGCGGGCUUCCUGGACUUUGCCAAGAAGCGACAGGCUUCCAGAAGACGGGAAGCUGCCAUCGUCGAUCAGAAGCGACAAGAGCAAGAGAUGUUGCAGCAGCAACAGCAGCAAGAGCAGCAUCAGCAGCAGCUGGAACAGCAAGCUUCUUCUGCAACCGGUGCAAGUGGUACAGCCACUGACCAGUUAAAGGAAGCAUCGAAUGACUUCUUCACUUGGUUGGGCAAGGCGAGACAAGGGUCUAUUUGAGUUUGGCAAUGAAGCAUAUUGCAAACCGGUGACUGGACAGUGGUAGCCCGCGGACUGCUACCACACUAACCUCACCAGCAGCUUGAACAGCGAGGUUCUUCAGCAACCGGCGCAAGGGUUGGGCAAGGCGAAACAGGGGUCUAUUUCAGUUUGACCGUGAAGCAUCUUCCGAACUGGUGACUGGACAGUGGUAGCCUGCAGACUGCCACCACACCAGACUCAUCAGCAGCUUGAACAGCGAGGUUCUUCAGCAACCGGUGCAAGUGGUACUUGUUCACUUGGUUGGGCAAGGCGAAACAGGAGUCUACUUGAGUCUGGCCGUGAAGCAUCUUGAGAACUGGUGGCAUGGACAGCGGUAGCGUUGGGACUGCCUCGUGCCUCGGCAAUCUGGGCCACUGUAUCUCUGCUGUCGGAAUUAACACGACAUGUUGCAAAGAGUCA